CCAUUUACAAGGGCGUUACUGAUGUUCACAGUAGUCAGUCUCCGGCCCAUGGGCGUUAUAAAGGGUAAAGGUUAAUUAGUUAGGGAAGAAAUUUGAUCAGGGGCGGGCAGUUAAAAUUUGAUACUCAGACAGGUAAUUCAAGCAUUCCCUAUUGUCACCUCAAUCAGACCUAUAUAAAUCGUCUCUGACGGACACCAGUCACCGCACAGCCUUACUCGUCUCUUUUGGAUCAACGACCGGGCAAGAACCUCAACGCGGAUUAAAAUGUCGCUCUCAUCUAUCCUUUCCGCUGAUGCCAUAGACGCUGCUAUGAAGGACUGCCAAGCACCGGACUCCUUCAACUGCAAGAAGUUCUUCCAGCAGUGUGGCUUGACCAAAAAGAGUCCCGCGGAGGUGAAGAAAGUCUUCGGGAUCCUGGACAACGACGCCAGCGGCUUCAUUGAGGAGGAGGAACUCAAAUUCUUCCUCCAGAGGUUCAACCCCGGGGCCCGUGUCCUGACUGAAAAAGAGACCAAGGCCUUCAUGUCUGCUGCUGAUGAUGACAGCGACGGCAUGAUUGGAGCAGAUGAGUUCCAGGCCAUGGUCCUAUCCUGAAUACCUGUACAACACCCUCCAUAUCUCUUUCUCCUCGCCCCACUCCAGCGCUAGGAUUUAUAACUUUAGUUUUCCAUCUGUCAAUCUAUUUGGAAACAUUUAUUCUUUUUUUGCAAGCCUCCGGUUCAGACUACCUACAACUCACCGAUUUUUAUUUUUGCUUUUUGCAUAUGUUUUAGACAGGUCAUUAUAUUAUUGCCCAAAAUGUAUCACUUACCAAAUUACUGAGAAAAUAAAAUAAUAAAAUGCAUUCUAAAAUCUC